GCCCUCUCCAAAAGUGACAAUUUAAUACAUUUAUUAACACCCUGAAAGAAAGAGGAGAUUGCUCAAGUCCUGGGUUUCUUUUCAGGGUGGGAGGGGUGUGUGUGUGUAUCCUUUCCAUUCUGAGGGUGACAAACAUAAACAUCAUACAAUGGAUAUCCUCCGCGCCAUUUGCUACACCCUGGAAAGGAGAUGGAGCAAGGAGACCUGGUUGGGGCAUGGAUGCCUUUUCCCCAGCCUCUGUGUCCUGUAGUCCCAGGAUGUUGACAAAAAGAAACACUAUUAACAGAGGCAGACGUUUCUUCCAGGUCUCUUGCGUUACACAGAGUUCUGUGCAUGGUGGAAGCUUGCUGCUUUCACCACCAUUUCUCCAACAAAGAGCAGCAUCGCAACAAUUUCUCAUCCUCUCUCCACGGGGGACCAUCGCAGCAGCCCCUCACGGAAAGGUUAAAAUAUCCUCCACCCUUCCAGCAUAUAUCCUGCCACAAAGGGCCUAGUGUUUCAAGUGGAGGAGAGUUCCAAGGACCACCACGUUUAACCAUGUUCUCAGUCAAAACUGAAUCAUGGAAGCUAUUGCUAUUCAGAAGUUCACUUUCAAGUUGCGGGGAGUCGUUGGCUCGGGGACCCAGCAGCCAACUCCCCCCUCCCCCCACGACCCCUGUUUAUUCCCUAAGGAGCAGGAGAAGGGCGCAUUUUCAAAAACAGGAUAAUGGUUCCUUUUGAGGUCCUACCCUCCAAGGAGAGAGAGUUGCAGCCUCUUGGAUCCUGCUCCAAUAUGAGGUUCCCAAAUAGUUUUUGAGGGGCCGUUGUUUUCAAGGGAUGGUGGUGUUCCCUCCAGGCAGUUCCAGCCAACUGAGCCUCUGAGUUCCUUUCCAAUUUCAAUAAAUGAGAGGAGCGGGGACAGAAGCAUGCAAAGUGGGCGGGGGGGGGGGGGUCCUGAAAAAUCCUGCAGUGUGGCCUGACUCUCUCAUCCCCUCUUGCACAAGAAACCGGCCUUCUUAGGCACUCCAGCCAAAUUCAGACGCCACAAAAGCACCACCUCCAAACACCCCCCCUCCCUUCGAAGCAGCCAGGAUCAAAUUAUCAUCACUGCUGCUUUCCCCUACCCCCUCCAACCCUGUGUACACACAGAAUCGUGAGAGUUGCAAGGGACCCCCGCCAGGGUCAUCUAGUCCAACCCCCUGCAAUGCAGGAAAUCCAAUUUGAAACCUGCUUAGCUUUGCAAAGGUCCUAGUAGUUUUAUUGCUGCACAAGGAGGAGACGCACACAAUGGAGGAUUUUUCCAGGGCAGGGAGAAAGAGGCUCAUCACCCACACCUCUCCUUUCAAGAGGGGAAGCCCACUGCCAGAAUCAGCGCACCAUUUCUAAAUACUGCCAAGUGCAGCCAUGGAAUUGCAGACGCCCCUCCAAAAGCGUGCUACCUCCCCCCCCCCCUCGCUACCAAAAUGGUUCAUGACAUAUAAAGGUCUCACUCCGGUAAAGCGGGAAUGUGGCAGCAGAGAGACCCUUGCUGUACCCGACCUUGCUAGAUUGGAACAAUGGCCCCAUUUCCAUUGGGACGAUUUAGAAGUCCCUGUUUCUCCAGGGGAGUGUUAGGAUGUCAGCCACGGGGGUGGCAAGAUGGGGGUGGGAGGGGCCCUCCAACGAUAUUUUAUGGCUUUAUUUAAAAAAACGAAACACCUCCUUGUAAUCAAUCCAAAAGCUCUGUACACUGGCCAGAGUUAUGGCUUUAUAUAUUUUUUGAAAAAACACGAGCUCUGUGUGAUGUCGAAGCUUGCUGCGUUCACCGAUGCAGCAUGGACCACACAGGAACCACUUUUUAAGAAAACGGAAAAAAACCGGUGGCAAUAAAUUAAAUGCAUCCACCGUUGCCCUGCUUUGGGAUGUGGGGGGACGGGCGGGUUCUCGUCUCCCCGAGGCGUGAAAUCUUCAGCGACAGGGGCUGGGGAUGGGAAGAGAAGGCGAGGAAGGCCGGGCGCCCAGUCCUGGCUGACCCGAGUCGACGGGCCGGGCGGCGCGAGGGGUUCAGUCGUCGGGGGUGCAGGCGGGGUGCAGCUGGUCGGGGCUGCCGACGCUGCCGGUGCUGGAGCUGCCGUCGCCCAAGUCGCGGGGCCCGCAGGGCAGGUUGAGCUCGGAGGAGCCUCCGCCGGGGCUGGGGCUGGCGUCGGGCCGGGCGGAGGCGCACUCCUCCUCCAGGGCCAGGCAGAGCUCCUUGAGCUCCAGGUUGUCCUUGGCCAGGCGCUCCUGGAGGCCCUCGAGGCCGGCCAGCUUGCGCAGGCAGGCGGCCACCUCGUCGCGCAGCACCUGCGCCGCGUGGUGCCCGAAGAGCUGCCAGUGGCGCGCCAGGCGCUUGGCCUUCAGGCGGUCCUCGUCGAGGAAGCAGCACAGGUCGCGCAGCUCGCGGUUCUCGGUCUGCAGGCGCCCGUUGACGGCCUUCAGCUCGCGGAUCUCGCGGAGGUGCUCCUGCAGCUGCCGGUUGACGCCCUGGAUGAGCCGGCCGCGCUGCACCAGCGCCGCCAGCUUCUCGGCCUCCUCGUGGCGCAAGCGGCGCACCAGCUCCUCCUUGCUGCACACGCCCAGCUCGGCGUCGCUCAGCUCGGCCAAGGCAGGGCAGCAGACCCCCGGCGUCGUCGGAGGCGUCUCCGGGCUCUGGGGGGGUCCGGCCGGCGGCGCGGCCUCGCGGGCGGCGGGGAACAUCGCCGGGGCGCACAGAGGACUCGCUCCUCCGCGGCGCGCUCACCUCCAGCCAAGGCGCAGCAGCAGCGACAUCUUGCACGAUUCCCCUCCUCGCCCUGCUCAGCAGCACCAGCAGCAGGACAUCCUGCCCGGCGGCGGAGAUUCCCCUCUCUCCUUCCUCCUCCUGCUGCUGCUUCCCCGGGAUAACGGGACGCACGGACGGGAGGCCCGCCAAAUGAGCGACGCCAAAAGCCGACGCGCUGCCUCGGCGUUGCAAAUGCACGGGUUAAACGGUAGGGGAGCAGGUGCAUGGUUGCGAGAGGGGCGCCUGCGCCGAAUGGGGGCGGAGUGGGGUGGGGGUAGAGGAGAGAGAAAAGAAAGGGGGGCGGGCGGACAUAGGGGAGCGUUAGCGGGUGUGUGAAUGCGCGGACUCCCCUUCUGGAAGGGGCGAGAGGGGCGCUGGCGGGAUGCAAAGGCUGGCAGAGAGAAGGAAGCGGCAGCAGGAAUGCAUUUGCAGCAGCUUCGGAAUCCCGUCCAAGCGCCCGGCAGGGCGCCUUCCUCCCGCCGGCAGAAGGAUUAAGAGGCCGCGCAAAUGGCUUUAAUCCGGAUUAAUGAAGACUGCCGCCGCCAUCACUCAGAGGCCCUGGCUUCUCUUGUACAAAAUCGUGAAGCCAGUCAUCAUAAGGCCGCGAGGCUCGGCAAAGCGCAGCACAAGCAAAAACCUUUCCAAAAUGCAAAGGAGACGGGGGGGGGGGGAGAGAAAACCGCACCCGCUUUAAUUAUGGCGGAUUAACUGGCAGGACUCCAGCAGCAUCGCAUUCUCCCCUGUUCGUGUCUACUGGGGUGUAAGCCCCGUUGACUUCAGCUCCAUUUGCGCCUAGGCAGGUCCCGCUGAAUUGACCCUAUGCAGCUAGCUAGGAUUUACUUCUGAGUGGACAGUAUUAGGGUUACAGGGGCUCAGAUUGAAAUAAUUGGUCUAAGAUAUUCAUUAUCUUCGUUGACUGUCCGUGAGUUCCAAAGAGGAAGAAAAAAAGGUUCUCUGUCCACUUUCUCCACGCCAUUUUGCAUAAUUUAAUAAGCUACCUCUUGCUUGUCUUUUCUCUAAACGAAAAAGUUCCAAACGCUGCAACGUUUCUUCAUUACGUAGUCACUAUACCCCCCCUUGAUAAUUUUGGUUGCCCUUUUCCAAAACUUCCCCAACGUUAUCCUUUUUCAGGUGAGGCGAACAGACCUGGGCACUACAAUAUUCCGAAGGCAGUCGCACCAUUAUGAUGCCUGCAGUUUGAUUUGUAAUUCCUUUCCUAACGAUCCCUAGAGUGGAGUUUGCUUUUCUCACAGCUGCUGCCCAGUGGGUCAACAUCCUCAUCAAGCUAUCCAUUAGGACCCCCAAUGUCUCCUUCCUGGUCAGUCACUGCCAAUUCAGACCCCAUGUGAAGUUCAGGUUUUUGUGUGUGUGCCAACAUGCACCAGUUUGCACUUGUAUACAUUGAACUGCAUUUGCCAUUUUGCCACCCCUUCACUCAGCUAGGAGAGAGGUCUUUCUGGAGACCUUCACAGUCUCUUUGUUUCAAUAACCCUGUACGUUUUAGUAUCACUAGCAAAGCUGGCCACCUCAUGGCUCACCCAUCUUGAUCGUUUGUGCACAAGUUCCCAAAGCCAAAUCUUUGGGGGAAUUCCACUUUCUAGUCCUCUCCAUUUAGAAAACUGUCCGCCUAUUCCUGCUUGCUGCUUCCUCCAAUUAACAGGUUCCUGAUCCACAAGGGGCUUCCUGGAGAAGCUUCACCUGUUGAACUGUUACAUUGACACACUGCUAUGAAUGGGACAGGAGUCCUGCCAGAAAUUGUAGGCGGGAGGGAACAGAUCCAAGAUUCUGGAAUGCCUGUGUGACGUGGGGGUGGGAAAAGCCUUUGUUUUCAGCUGGGUUUUUUGGCACUGGGACUGGUGCCAUCAGAUGUGGGGCGCGUCUGCAAUGGGUCACAUGCUGCACACCGCCCCCCUUUUGGAAGAGAAAGGAGAAACCCACAAACUCCAUGGAGAGCAAAGUCAGGCACUGCUUCUAGGGUGCUGCCAGGGGCAGUCAGUGCAGGAUAUAUUGUUUAUGGCACUUGCUGGCUUUGUUGAAAAGCUCUCCAAGGAACUUGCAGAAUUCUAGAAUAACUGGGGAGAUGGGGCAAAGCUCAGUGGUGGUAGUAGCAGCACCUUUGCAUGCAGAAGGUACCAGGAAUCUCCAGGUAGGGUCGGACAGUGGCGUAGCGUAGGGCGGGUGCACAGGGGCAGUUGCCCUGGGCACAAAUUUGUUCAGGGAGCACAAUUUCAACACCCAGUGCUGCCUCAAUACAGCUGCACGCUUCCAUCGCUGGGCUCCGUUGAAAACAGCUUCUUCAAGUGAACCAGAAAGUGACCUCUCCAAACAAUGGAAUGACUCUCCUUUUUUUACUUCUGUGGCUGCAACCUCCUGGGUGAUGCGGGCACCAUUAGGCGGUUGAAUGCGCAUGCGUACUCCGUCUGUUUCCCUCCCUCCUACCCAGCCUUCCACAUGGCCACAGGCACUGGCAACCAUGCUAUGUCACUGCCUCUUUAGGAGAAGGAGGCACCAUCCCAGCCCCAAAGGCCCGGCCCCUGCACGGCUUGCCUCUGAAGGACAUCUGUCAUGGAGGUGCCUCGUUGCACCCUCUUGCACCCUCUCAGAAUCCAGUGGCAUCGGAGGGCUCUGUUCACCCUCUGCACCCCACCCCUGGCAUCAGCCUAUUGAUGCCCAAAUGAUUAAGGUUUUAAAUGACAAUUUUAGGUUAUAUUUUAAUGAUCAAAAUUAUAUAUAUAUAUAUUUAACUGCCGCUAUAUCUGAAUUGAUUCUGUUAUACCCAAUUGCAAUCCAAUGUAUUCCUGUUGUGUUUUAUGAUUUUUCUGAUAUUGUAAGUGAGCUGGGAACUGGUCUGUGACUGUAAUAAUAAAAUUCAACAGAUGGCAAAGCAGCUCUAAACUCUGCCAUUUCACAGCACCCAAAAGCAACUUCCUGAAGCAGCCUCCUCACUCUACCUAAUGACAGGAUCAGGUUCCUGUGCAUUUCUAGGGACUGGCCUGUUGAUCUAUGCAGAAUUCAGAUGAGCUUUGCUGGCUGAUGGUGGCAUGUAGACUAGAUUACAUCGAAAGAGAAGCAUGUGAAUGAACUCCGAUACGAACCCCCAACGGUCAUCUGGUCCAUCCCCCUUCAAUGGAGGAAUCUCAACUAGAUCAUAUAUGACAGGUGGAUCUCCAACCUCUGCUUAAAAACCUCCAAGGAAGGCGAGUCCAGCACCAGAGUGAAGUAUUUAAUUAGCCAUUUCUGGCAGUCCUGCUCUCAGAGUGCACCUUUCAUAUUUCUGUAUCUCGACUUAUUAUUCAAUAUUGAAGCUUACAGAAGAUUCAGAAGUUUUCAAAGCCUAACGGCAUGCUUAGCAGCAGGUAUUACACAGUGUCAGAAGACAUUAGAGAGAAUCUAACAUCUCAAGCUUAAUGGUUCAUGGCACCUAAUUAUUUUAGGUGCUUGGGGAGCAGGAACAGGAGGAGGGCGUUGGCUGCAUUUGGGUUUCUCUCUCCAGUCCUAAUGCUUCGGAGGCUAACUGAUUUGUUGCAUCAUUUGCAAAGGCCCCAGCAGAGGCAUACCUGGGCUCCCUUGUGGCCUUGCCAAGGAGCUGCAUUGGUGGCCCCUAUGCCUUGCAUCCUCCAUAAGGAGAUAUAUCUGUGCCACUGAAGCUGGGAGAGACCAUGGGCCAGAAACUCCAAAAGUGUGCUUUUCAGCAUCUUUCGCACUGCGCCAGUGACUUCCUUCGCAGCCACUGGGGUCUGCUGUGCUCUGCCUCUCCUCCUCCUCCUCCUCGAUGGUCCAUCUGCCUGCUUGCCCUCUGCUCACUGCUUUGUCUUCUGCCUCCUUCCUCCAUUGCUUUCUUUUUCUUCCUGCCACUCACGACCACUCUCUCCAUCUUUCUUCCCUCUGAGCUCCGCUGGGUGCUCUGUUCACACUUCUAAUAGUGCCAUAUGCCAGCCACCGGAUUCCUUUGCUGAGGCACCCAGAGGAGUCCGUGUGCCUUGCCUGGCCCACCGAGAGCAGCGGCCUGGGGAGUGCACAUAUGGCCAGGUGGGCUCCUAGCCCAGACCCUCCUAUUUUCCAGGAACAGUCUCAGAUUUACAGAAGCCGACCCAGUUUCUGAUUUGAUCCUGGAAUGUCCUGUUUUUACUUAGGACGUCCCUAUUUUCUUUGGAAAAAUGUUGGAGGGUAUGGAGUUAUGCAACCCCCAAGCCCAGGAGAUAAGUAACUAUACAAGAACACAUCUGAAGGCAGCCCUGUGUAGGAAAGUUUUUAAAUGUGCAGUGUUUUAUUUUGUUUUCAUAUAUGUUGGAAGCCACCCAGAAUGGCUGGGGCAGCUCAGUCAGAUGGGUGGGAUAUAAUAAUAAUAAUAAUAAUAAUAAUAAUAAUAAUAUAUUUCAUCAGGGAAAUGUUGGAGGUUAUACUAACCAGGGGUCAGCAACCCUUUUCAGCCAUGGGCCAAUUCACCCUCCCUCAGACCAUGUGGUGGGCCGGAUUAUAUUUUGAAAAAAAAUAUGAACGAAUUCCUAUGCCCCACAAAUAACCCAGAGAUGCAUUUUAAAUAAAAGAACACAUUCUACUCAUGUAAAAACACGCUGAUUCCUGGACCGUACGCGGGCCGGAUUGAGAAGACGAAUGGGCUGCAUAUGGCCUUAGGUUGCCUACCCCUGUACAGUGGUAUCUCGGGUUAAGUACUGAAUUCAUUCUGGCGGUCUGUUCUUAACCUGAAACUAUUCUUAACCUGAAGCCCCACUUUAGCUGAUGGGGCUUCCCGCUGCCGCCGGGCCGCCGGAGCACGAUUUCUAUUCUCAUCCUGAAGCAAAGUUCUUAACCCGAGGUACUAUUUCUGGGUUAGUGGAGUCUGUUACCUGAAGCGUAUGUAACCCGAGGUACCACUGUACUAACCGCUCCAAGCCAGAUUGGAGAGGCAUGGUUUUUGCGCGCCCCUCCCCCCCCCCCGGGCCUGCACCCUUGGUGGAGGGCAACUUAGACAGCCCCUAGGUAUGUCGCUGGGUGCCAGAGAAUUAGAGACAUUUGUAGAGGAUAAGGCUAUCAACGGUUACUGAGCAUGAUGGCCAUGUUCUCCUUCCAGUGUCGGAGGCAGUGAAGUGCCUCUGAAUCCAGUCGCAGGGAAUCGCAAGUAAGGGAGCGUUGCUGUAGCGCUCAGGUCCCGCCUGUGGGCAUCCUAAAAGAGGCAUCUGUGAGAAAGCGAUGCUGGACUGGACGGGCCCCAGCAGCCAGGGUCUUAGAAUCAUGGAAUUGGAGAGUUGGAAUAAAGGGACCCCAAGGGCCAUCCAGUCUAACCCCCUGCCAUGCUUGCGUUCUUCCCUCCGCGUUCGCAAAUAAAACACGCAAAUAAGACACAGUGCUGCGCACUGAAAAAAAAUGUGUUACAAGCGAAUAAAUGAUGCUUCCAGCCCCGGAGAAGGUAUAAAAGCAAAGCACCAAUGCAGGCGCAACGAGGCUCCUGGUCCUCAGCCCAUCGCUGCAUCCCAGCGCGCUUUAACGCUUUGAUGCCAGUUCCCAAUACCGCGCCAGUCACAAAGAUGGAGUGCCCGUCCCGUUUGGCAGCGAGGGCGCGUGCGCAGAGAGAGACUCCGGCAUAUGCGUGAGCCGGAAGAGGAUCGCUCCGGCGGGGUCAUGUGCAAAGGCUCUAUCCAACUCUGGGGCAGCUGAAAGGGGGCCGGUACCAGUUGCUGGAAGGGGGCGAAUGGCCGGCGCGAGGAGAGGGGCUCGGCGCCCGGGUUCUCUUGGAGGGCGAGAGCCGACCCAGGUUUGCCGAGUGGCCGGAGGAGUCGGAGCUGCUGGGUUUACUAUGCAAAAGGGAGGGGAGGGGAAAUGGGGUGGGUGGGGGCCAUGGGGUUUGCUCUCUCCGCCACCCCAUAGGAUUUAGUGCUGCAGGCUGGGUGACUCUGAACACGUGCAGAGUGCCAAGAGAAGCGGGAAAUGUGAAGGUUCUGAGUGUUUUCUCGUUUCCCCCACAUAAAUUCUGGUGCCACAGGCUGGGUGCCUCUGAGCACGGGCAGAGUGCCAGGGGAAGGGGGGAAUGCGAAGGUGCUGGACUUUGCCAUUCCUCCCCCAAAAUUUCUGGUGCUCCUGACUGGGUGCCUGCGAGCAUGUACAGAGUGCCACCUUUCUUGGGCAAAGCCAUUUGGAUCUUUUCCCAAGGGCAGUGUGCUUCUGGGGAUGGGCAGGUUAUCUUUCUUUUCAGACGGGGUGGGCGGGCAUGAAGGCUGAGUCCGUGUUCCUCACUCUACCCCUGCUGCAAAGUGCUGUCCUUUCUUCCUUUUUUAUUAUUAAAUUUUUUUAUCCUACAGAAUAUAAAGUACAAUAAACAUUGAAUACUCUUUCUCUCUCUCUCUGAGUGUAUUUACAUCUCUUCCUGUUGUGUGUUGUUACCACUCUUUCUGUACCACUCUUUGAUUUAAAAUGCACAGGGCAAAUUACAAUUCAUUAAAUUGUCAGGGUGGGGGGAAACAAUAAACCAGCAGUAACCAAGGAAGUGAUGGCCAUGACGGUAGGAUUCUGGGUCUGGGAGGCACCCUUGGGUGAAGAUGGAGUGCUUACACCCAACAUAUUUGACCCUUAGAUGAGUAUUACUCAUGAACUGGGAGCACUGCUGCCAGAGGCAGUAUGGUCGCAUCCAUUCUUUAACAGUCAUGGCUCCCCCCAAAAGAAUCCUGGGAACUGUAGUUUAUUAGAGGUGCUGGGAACUGCAGCUCUCCGAGGGGGUCUCCUAGCAACUCUCAGCAUCCUUAACAAACCACAGUUCCCAGGAUUCUUUGGGGGAAGCCAUGACGCUAAGAUGUGGAUGUGAUCUAUGCCCCUGAGCAUGAGACCAGUUGUGGGGAUUGUGGAAAAGGCUAUUUAUUCGUGUUCUUGUGUCCUGGGCUUCCCAGAGGCAUCUGUUUGGCCACUAUGAGAACAGGGGGUUGGGACUAUGUGGCCCUUUGGCCUGAUCCAGUAGCCAAGCUUUCCUGAUGUUCAUUAUUGUCCCGACAGCUGCCUGUCUGAUCUCCUGAGACCCGGUUUGGGAACUAGUGCCAGAUCCCAAAGUUCUCCAAGAGAACUUGAUUACCUGGGCCAUGACGAGCAACCUGGACAUCUUUGUGGGCAACACCACCCUGAUUGAUGAGGAGGUCUACCAACUCUGGCUGGAUGGCUACACAGGUAAGGCUGGAUCCUGUUUUUUGUUCGCUCAUUCAUUCACAGGUAGGGUGUAAUGGUUUAAGUCACAGAGGUGGAUAACCUUUUCCAGUCUGAGGGCCACAUUCCCUUCUAGGCAGACUUCUGGGAGCCGCACGCCAGUGGUAGUCACAAUACCUCCAGGGCCGCCUCUCUCCAUAUGAACUUACCUGGACCCUGAGAUCAUCUUCUGAGGCCUUUCUUCAUGUGCCUUCUCCAUGAGAGGUCUGGAGGGUGGCAACAUGAGAACGGGCCUUUUCUGUGACGGCCCCUCGCUUGUGAAAUGCUCUCCCCAGGGAGGUUCUCCUGGUGCCUUCAUUAUGCGCCUUUAGGUACCAGGCAAAAAAUGAUCCUCUUUACCCAGGCCUUUGGCUGAUUAACACCCAGUGCCUUUUAAAAAUGUGUUGGAAGGGGGGUUAUUGGGUUCGGCUGGCUGACAUUUUUUACCUGGCGCCUAACGAUGUCUUCUUCUUUGGCGAUCACUCGUAGCCGAGUAAAAUUGUCUUCCAUAAUAUAAUGAAGGCAGCAGCUGAACCUCUCUGGGGAGAGCAUUCCACAAACGGGGAGCCACUGCAGAAAAAGCCCGUUCAACGGAACAAAACAAAACAAAACAGAAACCCUGGAGAGCCAGUGCAGACAAUAUGGAGCUAGAUAGACUCAUUGCUGUGCCCUGACAUAAGGCAGCUUCCUUUUGUCCUGAAGGAAAGUGGGAGCAGAGAGUCAUGAAUGGGGUUAUAAGCUGUAUUUUGGGAAUGGUGGCUCUCCAAGUGAUUUGGGGCUACAGCUCCCUGACCCCUGGUCCUGCUGCUGUAAGUUGCAACCCCGCUGCACCCAGAGGGGCUUGAGAGGCUUCCCCACCCCCUUCUGUGGAUUUCACCCAUCACAUGUUUCCGGAUACGGACACUUGCCUCCUGCCCCCGCAGUGAACGACGCGGUGACGCGCCGCAUCCGCAGCGGGAUCCUGGAGCAGACGGGGGCCACGGUUGACGUGCUCCAGAGCGACACCAUGGACCACUACCGCACUUUCUACAUGCUGGAACGCCUCCUGCACUCGCCUCCCAAGCUGCUGAACCAGCUGCUCUUCCAGAUCCCCCCUUGUCGCCAGACCAUGCUGAUCGAGAGGUGGGGCAGGGCAGCUGGCGAAGAAGCCAAGGGUGGCGUGGGCGAGGGGGCAGGGAUGUUAAGGGGGAGCCAGAGGGGGGAUUGGGGCAGGAUUCUUGGUGGAGGAUCCCUCGGGGGAAAGGCAAAGGUUGGAGGGUGAGGCAGGCGUAUUCAUACAUCAGCAUGGGUUGAUUGAUCGAUUGAAUUUCUAUGCCACUUUUUUCUUCUUUUCUAUUUUUCAAUAAAGAAUACAGUCAAACCUCGGUUGUUGAACGUAAUCCGUUCUGGAAGCCCGUCCGGCUUCCAAAAUGUUUGACAACCGAGGCUCAGCUUCUGAUGGGUUGCAGGAGCUUCCUGCACUCAAGCAGAAGCUGUAUCAGAUGUUUGGCUUUCAAAAUACCGUAUUUUUCGCUCUAUAACACGCACCCGACCAUAACACGCACGUAGUUUUUAGAGGAGGAAAAUCCGUAGGCAUGCCACCCGUAGGCAUCCCCUCCAUAACACGCACAGACAUUUCCCCUUACUUUGUAGGAGGAAAAAAGUGAGUGUUAUGGUGCAAAAAAUACGGUACAUUCAAAAACCAGAACACUUACUUCCGGGUUUGUGGCAUUCAGGAGCCGAAACGUUUCAAAACGGAGGCGUUUGGGAGCCGAGGUUUGACUGUGUGUGUGUGUGUGUGUGUGUGUGUAUGAAUUUCUGUGCCACUUCAAAUGAAUCCCGCAGUGGCUUACAAACAAUAAAUAACAAUAACAUGAUACAACAUCACCUGUGCAGCACAAACCAUAUAAAAUAAUUAACAAACCACCAAUAAAAGAAUUACAAUCUAUGAAACGCUAUUGACACAGCAGUUACUAAUAAUAAGCUGAGUCACAAGUACAGCAAAAGUCAUAGGAUUAACAGAUCAAUAUGGUGUUUAUCUAUAAAGCAAUAUCAAUGCUAUUGACAAAACAGUAACUAAAAAUGAGCUAAGCAUCUCAAUUGCAGCAGAAGGUGUAGUAACAGAUCCAUACGGCAUCUAUAAAACAAUAUAGGGCAGCAGGGAAUGAUGGGAGUUGUAGUCUGGCUGUAUCGGGAGGGCCACAGGUACUAAGCUUACCUUCUGUUGUCUUGUCCUGUUCCUUGCCUGCCCCUUCUGGCGGCAGGUAUUACGCCUUCGACGAGGCCUUUGUACGGGAGGUGCUGGGCAAAAAGCUCUCCAAAGGCACCAAGAAAGACCUGGACGACAUCAGCGUCAAAACCGGGGUGACCCUCAAGAGUUGUCGGCGGCAGGUAAUCUCUCGUCCCUUUGUGGGUGGCAGGGGAACCCCAUGGAACACCUCUGACUCUUUUCCCAGGAUGCCUGGGCAGGGUGGAAAUAAAAGGGCACUGCCUGGGUGUCAGAAGUGUAGGAAUGUCGCACAGGGCACCUUUCCCCCAACCUGGCACCCUCCGGUUGUUCUGAACUACAACUCCAACCACCCGCUUUCUCAAAAGAUUUAUCAGAGGUUGCUUGUCCUGCGUUUCCCUCGGUGAGGCUGUUGAACCUAUUUAAGCCUGUGGUGUCGAUGAGGCCUGUCUGUUUCUGCUCUGUUUUAGUUUGACAAUUUCAAGCGGGUCUUUAAAGCCGUGGAAGAGCUCCGUGGGUCUCUGGUGGAAAACAUUCAGCAGCAUUUCCUGCUCUCGGACCGGUUAGCCGGGUAAGGGGCAGUGGGAGGGCACUGUGCCCUGGGAUUUUUGUUUGUUCGUUUCAGUAUAUUUAAAUAUAUUAUCUUCCGAUCUCAGGGCAGGUAGCAAAUCAGUUUAUGUUCAGGCAACCUAAGAAAUGUGUCUAAAAUCAGCUGUACAAAACAUCAGACAUAACAACCUUCUAUGGGGCCAGCCCAGCUCCUUACAGCAGCAGAGGCUAAUGCUAGGCACUCAAAGGAGCCCCACAACAUGGUUGUGUGAGGCCCUUGACUUGUCUAGGAUGUUCCACAAAAAGGUUUAUGGGGUGACAGGGAGGCAAUGGCUGAGAUUUAGUGGAGUGGCUUUCUUAGUAGCAUUAAACCUCCCCUCCAUCUGUCCGUCCGCCCCACAGGGACUACGCAGCCAUCGUUUUCUUCGCCAACAGCCGAUUUGAGACAGGCAAAAAGAAGCUGCAGUACCUGACGUUUGAAGACUUUGCGUACUGUGCUGAGCAGAUGAUUCAGAACUGGACUUUGGGGGCGGUGGGUGAGUUUUGGACCCACGUAGCAAGAUUCCCCUCGUGUUUGUGAAGCGGAAACUGGGAAGUUACGCCACCUUUCCUUAUAUCUGUCUUGGAAAAGAUUUGUGGUUUGUCUGGAGGGAGCUAAAUUGUGGGUCCAGGCAUGCCAAGUAGGAUGGGGAAUCCUUUUUGAUCUUCAUCUCCCUGCUCCCAGCCCCACCACACACACAUGCUCGGCAGGUCUACUUUGCAAGGUCAGUGGGACCACCCACCUGUCAAAGUUGACUCGCGGGGGUCAGGAGGGAGAUUGCUCUUAACUCCUCCUUCGUCAUCUGACAUGCAGGCAGCUCAAUCCUGCUUCAUCCAGCUGCACCGCUGUCUGGGGUCGUGGGUCUGAGUCCUACAUUGGGCAAAAAGAUUCCAGCAUUUUAGGGGGUUGGACGAGAUGAUCCUUGGGGUCACUUCCAAUGCUACAAUUCUGUGACAUCGCCUAUGACAUCAGGCUGCUGGGCAUGGCUAGAGGGAAACAGUCUCACAGUCCAGCUGGAGAGGCCCAGCGGACUAAGUUCGGCCUUUGGGUCAUCGAUUCUCCACCGCCAUGCUAAGCCAAACCGUGACUUAGCUCAGCAGCAGAAGGGCUGUAGAAAGAGCAAAAUGUCUCCUCCCUGGGAGACCUGGGCAUUUGUCCAUUUGUGUCCAGCCUCUCUCUCCAAAUGCCCUCUGUCUUGCCUUGGCAGAUACAAACGUGGAUGAUAUGGAUGUCGACCUGGACAAGGAAUUCUUGCAGGGCCUGAAGGAGCUAAAGAUUCUGAUUGCUGACAAAGACUUGUUAGAUCUGCACAAGAGGUACCUCGGAUGCAGCCUUAGCCGAGUGGGGUGGGGGCUGUUUGCAAAACAACCAGGACGUGGUUGGAGCAAAGGGGAAUUUGGCACUUUGCCAUUUGCCCUUUGAGGUUUCAGGGCUAGAGCCCGGGUUGUAGGGAGCCUACGUCUCCUCCUAGAUGUUAGACUACAACUCCCAUCAGCCACAACCAGCAUGGCCAAUGGCCAGGGACAAUGGGAGUGCAGUAGCUUCUGGAGGGCCCCAGGAACCCCCACCCUGCUUCUAGAGCCCUAAUCAUAAGCCACCGUAAAAUAAGACACUUAAGGCCUUCUCUGACCUCUCCUCCUUAUUCCCUCCUCAUCCAGUUUGGUGUGCACAGCCUUGCGGGGAAAGAUUUCUGUGUACAACGAGGUGGAAGCUAAUUUCAAGGUAUGGCAUGGAGGGACCCUCACUGGGAUACAUUCUUUAGUUUCGGGACCCUCUUUCCAGCAGCUCCUCCCUCCCUCCAAGUGGCUGAUACGAACUUUGCGCUUGAUAUUUGUUGGUGCACUUGGCCUGCUACUUCACUCCUGGCCAUCAGAGGGGGCUGUUGUCCUUUGGAAAAUCUCAAUCCCGCAGACACAAACUGGGGUGGGGUGGGUUGGCAGCAGCAGAAGAAGGCUCUCUUGUGACCCUUCCGUUAACCCUUGCAGAACCUCUCCCGAGCCCUGAUCAACAUUGCCUCAAAGCUCACCCACAGCAAAGAUGUCCGUGACUUUUUUGUGGAUCUGGUGGAGAAGGUAAGCAGUCUCCCCUCCCCUCCCCAUCUGAGCACCCCCUCCCGCCAGUGGAUCGUGCCUGAAUCACUGGGGAUGGAGGCUGGGAUGUCAAAAUAAAAAAUAAAAAAUCACCAAUGAAUUAAAUGAUGAUUAAAUGUGUUUAGAGCCUAAGCAUGCCUGCCACUUUUCAGAGUAUAAGAAGGCAGGUCCCUGUCCCAAGGAGCUAACAAUUAGAAAAAAAUCAUAUAGGGAUAAAAAAACAGGUGUGUGGACCAGGGACAGGGGGCGUGGCUGGGGAGGGGAUGCGGGGAGGGUCCUGAGGGUCAUGCAGAGAGACUUGGAGGCCCUCAUUUGUUCCUUAGGCCUGAGGUCCUGUGAGAUGUGCUGCCGCACUCUUGCCUUGACGCUUGUCAUCUCCCAUUGCAGUUUGUUGAGCCUUUUCGGUCGGACAAAUGGAGCCCAAACGACGUGCGUCUCUUUCUGACACAGUACACGGCUUGUGCUCACACGCUGGAUGCCUUCAGGUUUGUAGGAACGCCAGCGCCCAACCAGCUCCCAACACCUGGAUUCUCCUCUGUUCCCUCCCUCCCCACCUUUGCCAGUGAAUUGUUUACUUGCACUAGUAAAGCCUUAUAUAAUUGUCCUUUUCUUUGCCUUUAUACUUGCCCUUCUUCCUGCAAAACAGCCCCCCUCCGUAUUAUUAUUUUUUUAAGGGGGAAAGAUCCCACUCUCAGUCUUCCAGCAAAAACAUUUUCUCCCUUUCUCACACAGGAUUGCUUCCAAAUAAGUUGUAUUUAAAGCAGGUCCACUGACACGAAUUAAGCUAGCCACGUCCAUUAAUUUCAACCGGUCUACUCUAUAAGUAGGGCUAACUUUUGCAAAAGACCCACACCUUUUGAGUAAAACUGUGGGAUCUGCUAACACAAGAUAACCACCAGCUUGGACAGCUUUAAAAAGCUGUUCAGAAAGAUGCUUAGGAGGUUGAGGUAAUUUUAAUCCAUAUUAGUAUUUUAACUAUUGUAUGUUUUAAAAGUAGUGUUGUGAUUUUUCCCCCUUGCAUUUUACUGCUUCAACUUUUGUAAACCGCUUUGAGGGUGUUUAAUUUUUUGUAGUAUUUUUUUUUUACAACCAAAUAGUGUAUAAAUUUUAUGAAAUAAAUAAACAAUAAAAGCUCAGACAAGUUGCUGGAGGGCAAGGUGAUGCGCUAACUGCAGGAUCACUGUGCCAGUAUCACUGAAUACCAGUUAUUGGGAGGCAAGAGUGGGAGAGGGCUGUUGUCCUCCUCUCAUAAGACAAGCCCUGGUGGAUCAGGCCCAUUGCCCAUCUAAUCCAGCAUCCUUGUUCUCAUUCUGGACAUUAGAUGCCAAUGGGACGCUUGAAAGCAGGACCUGUGUGCCACGGCGACUCUCCCCAGCAACCGGUAGAAACUUAACAGCCUCCAACAGUGGAGGGGAGAACAUAGCCAUUGUGGCUGGUAGCCACAGAUUAGCAGCCUUCCGUUCCAUGAAUUUGCCAAAUCCCCUCUUAAAGCCAUCCAAGAUGGCGGCCAUGAGGUCAUGUUGUCCUGCCGUCUGGUUAACCUCUUCCCCCCUCCCCUUCUCCUGCAGGCAUCAAGCUCUCUGGGAAAGAUACAUGGGGACGCUGAAAGCUUGCCUUCUGAAGAUGUACCAUGACUGAGCUCUGCACUUAGUUCUUUAUUUUUUGGGGGGGGGAGGAAAUCACCUUUAGGUGCAACAAGUUCCAGGCCAAAGAGAACCCGGAGCCCUUCAGGGGAGACGUUUGCUGUUCGCUUGCUGGCUGCGGCCGUCCUGCACAGACACACACAGUUGUGUGUCCACACACGGCGCGACCACCAAGUGUCACUCUUUUCUCUCUACAUCUUCAGCAAUUAAGGGUUAAAACUGUUGUUGGCGUUGAGAAAUAAAGGAGGAGUCCUCACGG